AUGCGUUGCCUUAUUGCCCUUUGCUUCAUUACGGUUGCCAGCGCUGCUAGCCUGGGUUACAAUUACCAACCAUCGGAGAUUGCCAGCUCUGGUGUUUCAUACAACCAAGGACUCGGGGCUGCCACCCAGGAGCAGGCUUCUUAUUCGGCCCCUGCCGAAAGUGCCGGUCAGCCCAUCAGUGAACCUUUCAUUGGAGCUCCCCAGGCUGCACAAUCGGCCGAAGUUCCCAACUAUGCCCCACAGACCGAGUUGCAAAAGGAGUUCUUCACCUACACAGCUGACGAGAAUGAUUUUAAUGAGCCGGCUGCUUCUAAUCAAGUGUCCAGCUCUCUAAACAAGGCUCUGCGUGUGAUCUUCAUCAAGGGACCCGAACACAGUGGACUGGAGAAUGCUGCUCUGGCUUUGGCCAAACAGGCUGGCCAACAGGAGACCGCCAUCUAUGUGCUCAACAAGCAGGCUGAUAUCAGUGAUCUCGCUGGCAAAUUGAAUGCCAUUCGCAACAACAACAACAACAAGCCCGAAGUUCAUUUCGUCAAAUACCGCACUCCACAGGAUGCUGCCAACGCCCAGCAGCAGAUUCAAUCGCAAUACGAUCAAUUGGGUGGCCGUUCAUCGUACCAGAAUGGUGGAGUUGCACCCAUUCUCAACUUUGCCUCCCAGGCCCCUGCUCUUCCAGUCGCUGCCCCCAGCUCACCUGGUAGCUCAUAUUUGCCAGCUUCUGUGCUGCGUAGUCGCCUGUAA